AUGAAAGGAUUGACUCAAUUCAUUGUUGAUUUAAGAAAUUCCAAAGAUACAGAAGAGGAAUCUAAACGUAUUAACCUCGAGAUCAACAAUAUUCAAACCAAAUUCAAUUCAGACUCAAGUUUAAAUAGUUAUCAACGAAAGAAAUAUCUAUGUAAAUUGGUUUAUAUAUAUCUUAAUGGAUAUUAUGAAAACAUCGAUAUAGGUUUAAAUCAAGCUCUUUUGUUAAUCAAAUCACAAAUAUAUACCGAAAAGCAAUUGGGAUAUCUUUCCAUAUCAAUCUUAGGUAAUAAAUUAACCAAUGCCAAUUCAUCCAUAAAGGAUAAUAUAAAUAAUCUAUUACAUUUAACUCACGCUGAUUUAAUCAAAGAUUUACAAUCAAAUAAUGAAGAUUUCAACUGUUUAGCUAUCCAAUUCAUCGCGUCAAAUUUUAAUAUCCAUGGUAAUACAACUUUUAUUGAAGAAUCUGAUGAAAGUGCGUUGGAUUGGUUACAAUUGAUUGAUAUGGUAUAUUCAUUCGUCACAUCUCCAAUCCAUAAAUCCAUAGUUAAGAGAAAAGCGGUCAUUGCGUUAUACAGUUUAAUUAAAUUAUACCCCAAUGUCAUUAUAACUAAUAAUAAUUGGAUUCCUCGAUUAUUGACGUUGAUAGAUGAUCAAGAUUUUGAUGUUUUAAUAUCUUCAAUUGCAUUAAUUGAAUAUAUUAUUCAAUUAAAACCACAAUAUAUCAAAUCCAUCAUUCCAGCUAUUUCAUCAAAGUUACAUAGUAUCAUCAUUGAAGAUAAGUGUCCUCAAGAAUAUUAUUAUUAUAAAAUUCCAGCUCCAUGGUUAGUAGUUGGUUUAUUGCAAUUAAUUGAACAAAUAUUCUUAAUGAAAGAAAAUGAUCACUCCGUCUUCUCCAUAUCUGAUAUUGAUGAUACUACGUUAAAUAAUUUAAGACACGUAGUUUCAAAAUCGAUCCUGAAUGCAUCAGUACCAAUCAAAGGUUUACCUAAUCGUAAUUCUCAAAGUUCAAUAUUAUUCCAAGCAGUAUCAUUAGCUAUAUUUUUAGACGCGUCAGAAGAUGCCAUAAAUGGAGCUAUCAAUGCUUUGAUGUCAUUAUUAAAUUCAGCCGAUACAAAUACAAGAUAUUUAGCCUUGGAUGCAUUAAUCAAAUUAACUUCAAGACUGAAUCUUAUAAUUGAAGUUGAUGAUAUCAAAAUUCCUAAAUUAUUCCAAUUAUUAAAUGAUAAGGAUAUUUCCAUUAAGAGAAAAGCUUUGGAUUUAUUAUACACAACAUGUACACCUUUAACAUAUACUGGUAUAAUUAAUCGAUUAUUGGAUUAUUUCCCCUAUGCUGAAUUUAGUUUAAAAUCCGAAUUAGCCAUCAAAAUAGCUAUUCUUUCUGAGAAAUUUGCAACUGAUUCAACUUGGUAUGUGACGACUAUGUUAAAAUUAUUAUCAAUCAGUGGUGGAUCAAAUUCAAAUGGGAUUAGUUAUAUCGGGAAUGAAGUUUGGGAGAGAAUUAUUCAAAUCAUUGUUAAUAAUGAAUCAUUGCAAAAGAAAUCAGGAAAAUUGAUCAUAAACUUAUUGAGAAAUCCAUUAGUUUUAUCCAACGGUCAAUCCUCUCAACCUAUCGCUAUGGGUCUAUCAGAGAGUUUAAUCAAAGUGGCCGCCUUCUUGUUGGGUGAAUAUGGUUAUUUAAACCCAGAUGAUAUAAACUUACAAUUUCAAUUAUUAUAUGAUGCCUACUUUAAAGUUUCUUUGAUAACCAGAGCUAUCUUAUUAACGACCUUCUUAAAGUUCUUAGUUAAAUUCCCCGAUUUCGAUUUUGUGCCUGAAAUUAUUGAUUUAUUUGAAAUAGAAUCAAAAUCAAUCGAUUUAGAAAUCCAAACCAGAUCUUGUGAAUAUUUAAAAUUAGCCACUAUUCAAUCAAACUUCAUCUUAGCUAAUAAAGUGAUCAAACCAUUACCAGCAUUUAGAAAUGUUCAAAAUCCAUUGAUUCAUCGUAUUGGUGGAUAUCACGAUUUAAACCGAUCCAGAUCAACUAUAAUAGGUAAAUCCAUCAAGAAGAACACGACUGCGGCUGGAGGGUUAGCCAGUGAGGAAACAGUCGUUGGCGCCGAUGAUAGCGUUAACGGUGCUGAUGAUACUAAUCCAUUUGAUGACUCAAAGACGACAACCGCACUUUCUCCAAACUGGUAUCAAGGAUACUAUAGAAUGCUUCAUUUUGAUGCUGGUAUUUUUUAUGAGAAUCCAUUGAUUAAGUUAACUUAUAGAGUUAUUAAGGAAGGUAGUAAUAUAUUAUUACGUUUCACUGUUAUUAAUAAUUCUAAAAAGACAGCUGGAACCGAUAUUACCAAAUUUACAGUAUUGGAAUUGGAGAGUAAAGCUGGAAAUAAAGAUCCUAGUUAUUUACUUAAUUUGAAGCAAGUUCCGGAAUCAACUAUCGAAGAUAAGUCGAAUUUAGAAAUUGAGAUCAAAGUCCGUGGAAUCGUUGAAAAUAAUGAAAGUCCGGUCUUAUCACUAACAUUUACUUGUGGUGGAUCAUUCAAUCAACUUCAUUUGAAAUUUCCCGUAUUGUUAAUCAGAACGUUGUCAGCAACUGCUUUAGGUAGUUCUGAUGAUUUUGAAAAGAGAUGGUUACAAAUAGGCAAUUUGCUAGGAACAAAGGAAGGUGAAUCAAUAAAUAUUGUUAAGAUCACCUCAAAUUCAUUUUCUUAUUCUAAUAUUAUAAGACUUUUAUCAAGGUUAGGAUUUGCGAUAGUUUAUACAAGUCCUGAAACAACUCCUAACGAUUUAUUAAUUAAGGGUGCGGGUAUAUUACAUACACAAAAGUCAAAUUAUGGAGUAUUAACACAAAUACAAAGUGUAAAUUCAGAUCCAAAUAGUUAUAAGAUAAUGGUUAGAUGUACUGGUGGUGGAAUUUCAGAAGUUAUUGCCUUAACUUUAAAAGAAAUUCUAGAAGAGAAAAUCUAG